CUUCUUGACUGAAAACCCUAGCUGGCCGCGCAGGUUCAGAGGUUGCAGUGCUUAACUCGGAGUUUUACGCAAAUGGCUCCCAAAGCUGACAACACGAAAAAGUCCGACCCAAAGGCGCAAGCCUCAAAGACGGCCAAGGCAGUGAAAUCUGGGCCAACAUUCAAGAAGAAGGCGAAGAAGAUCAGGACAUCAGUCACCUUCCAUCGCCCGAAGACAUUGAAGAAGGAGAGGAACCCCAAGUAUCCCCGCAUCAGUGCGCCACCAAGACAUAAGUUGGACCACUAUCAGAUUCUCAAGUAUCCACUGACUACCGAGUCUGCAAUGAAGAAGAUCGAGGACAACAACACCCUGGUUUUCAUUGUUGACAUCCGCGCGGACAAGAAGAAGAUCAAGGACGCCGUUAAGAAGAUGUACGACAUCCAAACCAAGAAAGUCAACACUUUGAUCAGGCCUGAUGGAACGAAGAAGGCCUAUGUUAGGUUGACACCGGAUUACGAUGCUUUGGAUGUGGCCAACAAGAUUGGAAUCAUCUAAGCUAUUGUAUCAUCUGUUUGUUUUGAGCGAGUUAUUCUUUUCUUGCUGUUACAGUUUUGAUAGGAGGGAAUGCAGUCUGUUAGAACUCCUACUUUGUUUUGAUUUUAUGUAGUAUGUAUUCGAGAUUGUUCUCUUUUCAUCAUUGACAAUUGAAUAUGGAUUAGGUUUUACAUAUCA